CUGUACCUUCAUCUCCCACCAUACAAACCCUCUCAUAACCACACCAACAACAACAACAACAACAACAACAUAUAAACCCACCACCAACCCCCUGUGUCACCUCUCUCCAGCAAUCUUCCAUUCCAAUCCACUCUUCCCCUCUCUCCUCACCCCAUCCCUCCACCACCAAAAUGAAACUCCCCAUCCUCCUCUCCCUCGCGGCCCUCGCGCCCCUCGCCGCCGCGCACUUCCAACUCAAAUACCCCCCCAGCCAAGGCGGCAGCGAAGAGCAGAUGGUGAAUUUUCCCUGCGGAGGAGGCACAUCAUCCAGCAACCGCACGCAGGUAUCCAUCUCGGCGGGAUCCUUCCCGGUAGCCCUAUCCCUCGGACACAGCCAAACGGCGUUGGAAGUGCUUCUCGCGCUGGGCACCGACCCAGGAAGCAACUACAACAUCGUACUACAGAAGACCUUUGAAGUACAGGGACUCGGCGCGUUCUGUCUUCCGCACGUGGUCUUCAAUAAAUCCAUCCUCGGGAGGGAUAUCACCGAUGGGAUGAAUGCCACCGUGCAGGUGCAGAGUGACGGGGAUCCGACGGGGGGGUUGUAUGCCUGCGCCGAUAUCCAGUUCUCCUCGACCGCGCAAUACAGCGAACCCUCCUCCUGCAAGAAUAAUAGCGGUGUCUCGGCGGUGGCGUUCUCGGGGGCCGCGGCGCAGCGGAACGCGAAUGAGUCGACGGCUGAUGGGCAGGCGCAGGGUAGCUCGUCCUCGUCGUCGUCUUCGAGUGCCUCGAAGAGCUCGAGUAGCUCGAGUAGUUCCAAGGCGCCUACUUCGACGGGCGGGGCGGUUGCGUUGGAGACUGCCGCGUGGGGAAUGCUGGGGGCGGCGGUUGUGGGUGGGAUUGCUAUUUUGUAAGGGGCGCUUUUGUCUGGAUGGUGGGGGUGCAGAGUUACCGCUUGUUAAAUGGGGUAGGCGUGUUUGCUGU